ACGCAGAUCAUCACCAAGUACCUGUCAGAGCAGCUGCAGAAAAUUGCGGAGUUCUAUAGACAGCUCCCAGGGCAAGGCUGUGGUUCACCGUCUGGGCCAAUGCCCCAAGAGGUGGAACAAGCUUUGAAGCAGUGGGACUACAAUGAGAAACUAGCUAUGUUCAUGUUCCAGGAUGGCAUGCUGGACCGGCAUGAAUUUCUGACGUGGGUCCUUGAGUGCUUUGAGAAGAUACGGUCAGGAGAAGAUGAGUUUCUGAAAAUGCUCCUGCCCCUGCUGCUACGGUACUCUGGAGAGUUUGUGCAGUCUGCAUACCUGUCCAGACGUCUGGCCUACUUCUGCACCCGCAGGCUUGCUAUGCAGCUGGAUGGUGCUGGUGGGCACCCACCCCACAUCCUAUCUGCUCAGACAGGGAACACUCUUCCUUCAACUCCCACCCCUCAGCCAGCUGCAGGGAAUCCUCCUCCCAGCCCUUUCAGCGACUUACUGCUGUGCCCUCAGCAUCGGCCAGUGGUAUACGGACUCAGCUGCAUCCUCCAGAGUAUAAUUUUGUGUUGUCCAAGUGCUCUUGUGUGGCAUUACUCAUUGACUGAUAGCAGGAUAAAGACUGGCUCUCCAUUGGACCACCUGCCUAUAGCCCCAUCCAACUUGCCUAUGCCAGGAGGAAAUUCAGCCUUUACACAGCAGGUUCGGGCAAAGCUUCGUGAAAUUGAGCAGCAGAUAAAGGAACGUGGCCAGGCUGUGGAGGUUCGCUGGUCCUUUGACAAGUGUCAGGAAACCACAGCAGGUUUCACUAUUGGCCGUGUCUUGCACACUUUAGAAGUUCUGGACAGUCACAGCUUUGAAAGAUCUGACUUCAGCAACUCUUUGGAUUCCUUGUAUAACAGGAUAUUUGGGCUUGGUCCAACCAAAGACAGUCAUGAGAUCUCCCCAGACGAUGAUGCAGUGGUGGCCUUGCUGUGCGAGUGGGCUGUCAGCUAUAAACGCUCUGGACGCCACAGGGCUAUGGUUGUGGCCAAACUCCUGGAGAAGCGUCAAGCGGAGAUAGAGGCUGAGAGAUGUGGGGACUCUGAAGUUGUGGAUGAGAAGGGCUCCAUCUCCUCAGGCUCGCUCUCAGCAGCCAGUGCUCCUGUCUUUCAGGAUGUCCUUAUGCAGUUCCUUGACACUCAAGCUCCUAUGCUAACUGAUCCUGGGAAGGAAAAUGAGAAGGUGGAAUUCUUUAACCUGGUGCUGCUGUUCUGUGAGCUAAUCCGACAUGAUGUCUUUUCUCACAACAUCUACAUGUGCACGCUCAUUUCCCGAGGUGAUCUUGCCAUGGAUUCUCAUGGGCCACGCCCACCCUCGCCCUUUGAUGACCCUGCUGAGGAGCAUGACAGGAAGGAGACGGAAGGAAACAGUGGCAUCAAGCUAGAGGACACAGGUCUUUCUGAGCCCAUGGACAUUGACCACAACUCCAGCAUGCUCUUUGAUGACAUGGAGAAGACAGACUUUUCGAUGUUUUCUCCUCCAAUGCAUUGUGAAUCUAAAGCCAGCCCUUCCCCUGAGAAACCAGAUCCUGAAAAGGAAGCAAAGCCUUUGCUGAAGGAUAAGUCUGUAGAAGGAAUGCUAGCAUCCCUGUAUGACCAGCCUCGGCAUAUCCAGUAUGCAACACACUUUCCUAUUCCUCAGGAAGAGUCAUGCAGUCAUGAGUGUAACCAACGGUUGGUAGUUCUUUUUGGAGUUGGAAAACAACGGGAUGAUGCUCGGCAUACGAUCAAGAAAAUAACCAAAGACAUUCUAAAAGUCUUAAACAGAAAGAGCACUGCAGAGACAGGUGGAGAGGAAGGCCAGAAGAGGAAAAAGAGCAAGCCAGAAGCAUUCCCAACAGCUGAAGAUAUCUUUGCAAAGUUCCAGCACCUUUCUCACUUUGAUCAGCACCAAGUCACAUCUCAGGUAUCUCGCAAUGUCUUGGAACAGAUCACCAGCUUUGCCUUGGGAAUGUCAUACCACCUGCCUCUGGUACAGCACGUGCAGUUCAUAUUUGACUUGAUGGAGUAUUCACUCAAUAUCAGUGGUCUUAUCGACUUUGCCAUCCAGUUGCUGAAUGAACUGAGCGUGGUGGAGGCAGAACUGCUGUUGAAAUCCUCUGACCUUGUUGGUAGCUACACCACCAGCUUGUGCCUGUGCAUCGUGGCUGUGCUGCGGCACUACCACUCCUGCCUUAUAUUGAACCAGGACCAGAUGGCUCAGGUCUUUGAAGGUCUGUGUGGCGUGGUGAAACAUGGCAUGAACCGCUCAGAUGGCUCCUCAGCAGAGCGCUGUAUCCUGGCAUAUCUCUACGACCUCUAUACCUCCUGCAGUCACCUCAAAAGUAAAUUUGGGGAGCUCUUUAGUGACUUCUGCUCCAAGGUGAAGAACACAAUCUACUGCAAUGUUGAGCCAUCUGACUCCAACAUGCUGUGGGAACCAGAGUUCAUGAUUGACACUAUUGAAAACCCAUCUGCACAUAAUUUUACAUACACCAACCUGGGCAAGAGCCUCAAUGAAAACCCAGCCAACCGUUACAGUUUUGUCUGUAAUGCACUCAUGCAUGUAUGCGUGGGACACCAUGAUCCAGACAGGGUGAACGACAUUGCUAUCCUGUGUGCUGAGCUAACUGGCUACUGCAAGUCUCUAAGUGCCGAGUGGCUGGGUGUGCUCAAAGCUUUGUGCUGUUCCUCCAAUAAUGGGACCUGUGGCUUCAAUGAUCUCCUCUGCAAUGUUGAUGUCAGUGACUUAUCUUUCCAUGAUUCCUUGGCCACCUUUGUUGCUAUUCUCAUUGCCCGGCAGUGCUUGCUGCUGGAGGACCUGAUUCGCUGUGCUGCUAUUCCCUCACUCCUCAAUGCUGCCUGCAGUGAACAGGACUCAGAACCAGGAGCACGUCUGACCUGCCGGAUUUUACUCCAUCUAUUUAAGACUCCACAGCUGAACCCAUGCCAGCAAGAUGGCAGCAAACCGAUGGUGGGAAUCCGUCUUACAGCUUCCCAGAAUCGUAUUGUGGAUGGAGCAGUCUUUGCAGUGCUGAAGGCUGUCUUUGUUCUUGGAGAUGCAGAACUGAAAGGCUCUGGCUUUUCCCACCCUGGAGGUGUCGAUGAUCUCAUGGAUGAUGAGCUGGGCACCAGGAAGUCUGGUAGUCGGGUAGUAACUGUAGAAACAGCUAGCUUGGAUAUUUAUGCCAAGUAUGUACUAAGGAGUAUAUGUCAACAGGAGUGGGUAGGUGAGCGAUGUUUGAAGUCCCUCUGUGAAGACAGCAAUGACUUACAGGAUCCUGUCCUGAGCAGCACACAGGCCCAGAGGCUGAUGCAGCUGAUUUGUUAUCCACACCGGCUGCUGGACAAUGAGGAAGGAGAAAAUCCUCAGCGGCAGAGGAUUAAACGCAUCUUACAGAAUCUGGACCAGUGGACCAUGAGGCAGUCCUCACUGGAGCUGCAGCUCAUGAUUAAGCAGACGGCAAACAAUGAGAUGAACUCCUUGUUAGAAAAUAUAGCCAAGGCCACUAUUGAGGUAUUCCAGCAGUCAGCAGAAACCAGCUCUGCUAGCUCUGCUGGCAAUGGAGUCAACAAUAUCAGUAGUUCAGCAAGUGCUACACCUGCCAGCAACAAAUCCAAACCCAUCCUCAGCUCCCUGGAAAGAUCAGGAGUGUGGCUGGUGGCCCCUUUGAUUGCCAAGCUUCCAACAUCAGUGCAGGGCCAUGUGCUGAAAGCUGCUGGCGAGGAACUAGAGAAAGGACAACAUCUGGGGUCAUCAUCCCGCAAAGAGCGGGACCGCCAGAAGCAGAAGAGCAUGUCCCUCCUGAGCCAACAGCCAUUUCUAUCACUGGUACUAACAUGCUUGAAAGGACAGGACGAGCAGCGGGAAGGCCUCCUCACCUCUCUGUACAGUCAGGUCCAGCAGAUCGUUACGAAUUGGCGGGAAGAUCAGUACCAAGAUGACUGCAAAGCCAAGCAGCUGAUGCAUGAGGCCCUGAAACUACGACUGAAUUUGGUAGGGGGAAUGUUUGACACAGUUCAACGCAGUACACAGCAGACGACUGAAUGGGCUGUGCUUCUCCUGGACAUCAUCAGCAGUGGCACCGUGGACAUGCAGUCAAACAAUGAGCUCUUCACCACCGUGUUGGAUAUGCUGAGUGUUCUCAUCAAUGGCACCUUGGCUGCUGAUAUGUCCAGCAUUUCUCAGGGCAGCAUGGAAGAGAACAAGCGGGCAUACAUGAAUCUUGUCAAGAAACUCAGGAAAGAGCUGGGGGAUCGGCAAUCUGACAGCCUGGAGAAGGUGCGACAGCUACUGCCACUUCCAAAGCAGACCCGGGAUGUCAUCACCUGUGAACCUCAGGGAUCCCUCAUUGACACCAAAGGCAAUAAAAUAGCUGGAUUUGACUCCAUCUUCAAGAAGGAGGGCUUGCAGGUCUCUACAAAGCAGAAGAUUUCCCCUUGGGAUCUGUUUGAGGGCUUAAAGCACUCAGCCCCCCUCUCCUGGGGAUGGUUUGGGACAGUCCGGGUGGAUCGCAAGGUGUCUAGAUUUGAGGAGCAGCAGAGGCUUCUUCUGUACCACACACACUUGAAACCCAAGCCCCGCAGUUACUACCUGGAGCCGUUGCCACUGCCCCCUGAAGAGGAAGAGCCUCCUACACCUGUGGCUUUAGAGCCAGAGAAGAAAGCUGUGGAACCAGCCAAGGCUGAUAAAACAAGCUCCAAUCCUGCCACCUCUACUGAGGAACGCAAGAAAAAACAGAGCAAAACCAAGAAACGCAACCAAUCUGCCAGCAAAACUGAGGAUUUUGUGUUGGGCCCUAGCCGAGGGGUUUCAUAUGGAGUUGGUAUGCCUACAGAUCUCUUGCACCACCAGUCAGGAAGCACUAUCUCAAGGCUGGCAUAUGGGCAGUCACCAGUGGGUCUCUAUGCCCAGAAUCAGCCUCUUCCAGCAGGUGGCCCUCGCCUGGAUACAUCCUACAGACCUGUACGCAUGCCACUGGGAAAACUUGUUCAGAGUCGUCCUCCCUACAGUGGUGUGCUGCCCCCAGGGAUGGGGACCAUGAUGGGCAUUGACCCUUCCUACAAGCCAGCAGUAUACAGACAGCAGCCUCCAGUGUCCCAGGGACAGAUACUGAGGCAGCAGCUUCAAGCAAAGUUGCAGGGACAAGGCAUAAUGGGACAGCAGCCUGUGCGCCAGAUGGCUCCAACCCCAUCCUAUGGAGCACUGCAGCCCUCCCAGGGUUACACACCUUAUGUCUCCCACAUAGGCCUUCAGCAGCACCCCUCCCAGUCAGAUCCUGUUAGACAGAUGCAGCAGAGACCAAGCGGCUAUGUACACCAGCAGGCCCCUGGCUAUGGGCACACCUUGGGCACCACACAGAGAUUUCCUCACCAGUCAAUACAGCAGGCUCCUAUGAUGAGUGGGAUGAAUCAUUUGGGUCCCCAAGGAGUCCCCUCAGGAAUUCGACCCAGCCAGAUACUGCCUGACCAGCAGCAGCAGUACCUGAGGCAGCAGCAACAGCAGCAGCAGAUGCUGAGGGUGAGUGGUUGCUGACAGAAGCAAGGCUGCUGGAGCUGGACAAGGCUUGCCCAACACCGCUUACGUCUGUGUCAGCAAUGUUCUGCUCUGCAGAGACAAGAGGAGAGACAACAACAGCAGCAGCAGCAACAGCAGCAGCAGCAGCAGCAGCAGCAACAGCAACCCCAGGUCUCCACAGUGCCUCAGCCACAGGCACAGGGCCAGCCCCCAGGGCUGGGGAUGCAGGCUCUUCCCCCUCAGCAGCCCAUUUUCCAGCGCCAGGGCCUUCAGCAGACACAGCAGCAGCAGCAAACAGCUGCUCUGGUUCGACAGCUUCAACAGCAGCUUUCCAAUACACAGACACAGCAGAACAACAACCCGUUUGGACGCUACUGAUCUGUGGCAUUUCAGCCUGAUCCAGGAGGGGGAGAUAUCAUUGUGGACUGGAGACAGCAUCUUCAGCCUGACCCACAAGCGGGGGCUGCUGCCAAUCUUUGUCCUUGGCCUGUGCCCUCAGUGCUGCUGCUGCCUGUCUCACAGGAGAUGCCAGGAGGAUGGUUUUAUUGUACAGAGAAAGUGUUUUUACAAUUCAAUUUCUACAAAUGUUUAUGGAGAUCCUGUGUGGCUGAUAGUCUCCCUUCUCACUUUGGUUUCAGUUUUUACUCAGUUUUUAGUAUUUUUGUUAAAAUAAUGAUUAAGACAUUGUAAAAUUUUGUACUUUAUUUAUACCAGAUGAACCCCGUACUGCAGACAUUCUUGGAUGAAUACAGAGAGCUUACUUUGCAAAA